AUGUUUUCUCUUUAUAUGGCACAAAAAGAAGAAUUUCAACGCCAUGGUUUGCUCGUGUUUGAUGAAAUUUCCACUUGCGAGAGUAUUGCAGUUAACUCGGCAAAUCUUACAUAUACAGGUCUAGUCGAUUUUGGUGAAGAAGGUGAGAAAGGAAAAACUUUCAGUGAUAAAGCAAAUCAUGGAUUAGUAUUUAUGUUCAUACCAUUAGAAGAUAAUUAUGCCCAACCCGUUGGUGUUGCAUCAAAGGGACCGACUAAAGGUGUAGUACUAACUCAGUUAGUAAUAAAAGCUAUCACUACUCGAAAAAGCAGGAGCGUUUAUCCAUGGAAUUGUAUGUGA